CCCCCCCCACAAUCUUGCAUUAAUCAUGGCUGCUGUAGUGUAUUUAGUGCUUUUCUUGGCCAUGGCUGGCCAUUCAAGUGCCCUUUAUUGUUUAUGUAAAGAUGGGGUAGCUGAUUCAACUCUUCAGAAGGCUAUAGAUUAUGCUUGUGGAUCUGGAGCUGAUUGCACACCGAUCAUCCAAAAUGGUGCUUGUUACAAUCCCAACACUGUAAAAGAUCACUGCAACUAUGCUGUUAAUAGCUACUUCCAGAGGAAGAGUCAAGUUAAUGGCAGCUGUGAUUUUGCAGGCGCUGCCUCAACUAAUGCCAACCCUCCUUCCAAUGUUGCAUCCAACUGUGUUUACCCUUCAACUGCCAGCACAGGGACUGGCACCACACCAACCACAACACCAACAACAUCAACCACACCUUCACCUACAACAGGCAGUCCAAAUGUGUUUGGUGGCACCACAGGGACUCUCGGCCCGACAGGAAGCGGCACCGGCGGCAUCACCGACUCUAGUGCCGGGUCUCGGCUUUCUAAAACCACUCACUGGUUUUUCUCGAUGGCUGUGGUUUCAUCACUAGCAACUGUGGGGUUGAAUCUAGUACAGUGAAGCUAAGAGGAAGUGAACUGGGGUUUGAUGUGGGUACUAGAUUUCGCCACGAAUGGAUGGGGGGACAAGCAUGUAAUUUCACAAUGGUCUAGAGGCAAAACCCCAACAGGAUUCUUUUUUUACCUAUGUGAAAAAUUGGGGUAUUUGAUUCCUCUUGGGUGAUGUAUAUGACUGCUAUUAGCGGUAGAACUAGAACCUGAUCUCUUCGUUUUAGAUUUUUCCUUCUGUAUAUCUAGGGAGAGGCUGUAUUUUUUAUUUUUUUUUUGUCUAUUUUUGUUUAAUGGAAUCCCAGCCUAUUUGUCCAA